GUGAGCCCCAGGCCGGGGAGGGCUGAAACGGGCGGCCCUGCGUGGGACGCGGGUCCCCGGCGCGCCCAGUCCCCAAGCGGGAGGGGAGGGCCCCCCCCCCCCCCCGGCGGUGCGCGGGGCGGGGUCGCGCAGGCCCCGCCCCGGCUGCACGCCUGUCCGCGCCGCCCAUUGGUCCCGAGAGCGGUGACUCGCGGGCUGAGCAGGAAGGAAACCGCUCCCGAACGCGGCGGCCUCGUCUCUAGGCCGUGCAGCUGCUGCCACCGCCGUCUGUCUGCCUGUCCUCCUGUCGGUCCACCCGCAGCAUGAGUGGCCUGCGCGUCUACAGCACGUCGGUCACCGGCUCCCGCGAAAUCAAGUCCCAGCAGAGUGAGGUGACCCGCAUCCUGGAUGGGAAGCGCAUCCAGUACCAACUAGUGGACAUCUCCCAAGACAACGCCCUGCGGGACGAGAUGCGAGCCUUGGCCGGCAACCCUAAGGCCACCCCACCCCAGAUUGUCAACGGGGACCAGUAUUGUGGGGACUAUGAGCUCUUCGUGGAGGCUGUGGAACAAAACACACUGCAGGAGUUCCUGAAACUGGCCUGAGCCAAGUCACCCCCCUGGACUUCGUCAUCACAUUCCCCGCCCCCAGCGAUCACCCUGCCAUGAAGGACCUUGUGACCAACUCCCUGUUAUUCCUAACCUUCUGAACGGGGAGCCCCUCCCCUCAACCCAAGACCCCUUCUCCUCCCCUAACUGUAAGCCCCCUCUUCUCCAUUCAGCAGCAACAUUCCUCACCCACCGGUCUCAGAAAUUGUCUUAAGCAACAGCCCAAGUGCUGGUUGUCCUCAGCUCGGUCCUGAGGCUGCCACCCUGCCUGGCACUGGCUGAUGGGCACCUUUGUUGAUUCCAUUAGCCAAGGCUCUGCCAAAGGCCCCGCAAUCCCUGUCCGGGAGCACCACAGAAACAAUUAAAUGUUCCAUUCCAUUGGCA